CGGGUGUUCCCCGGGAAUGCCAGGCUCCCGGGAAUGCCGGGCUCCCGGGAAUGCCGUGCUCCCGCGGCCGAUCCCAGCGCCGCUCUCCGCAGGGCUGUACGGCCGCGAGGGGCUGCUCCCGGCGCGGCGGGUGCUGCGGCUCUCCGGGAAGGGGCUCUGGGAGCAGCUCCGCGAUGUCCCCACGCUGCUGUGGCUGGGGCCGCGCCUGGGGCUGGACACGGAGCAGGGCAUGGAGCUGCUGUGCCUGCUGGGAAUGCUGGCGGCGCUGGGCGCGCUGCUCUGCGACUCCCUGCGCGACUGCCUGCUGUUCGCCCUGCUCAGGGUGCUCUACCUGUCGCUCUACCAGGUGGGCCAGGUGUUCCUGUACUUCCAGUGGGACAGCCUGCUGCUGGAGGCCGGGUUCCUGGCCGUGCUGGUGGCCCCCCUGCGCCUGCUGCGGUGGGGGUCCCCGGCCUGGAGACCCCACGACGCCGUCACCUUCUGGGCCGUGCGCUGGCUGCUCUUCCGCCUCAUGUUCGCCUCGGGCGUGGUGAAACUCAGCAGCCGCUGCCCCACCUGGUGGGGGCUCACAGCGCUGACGUACCACUACGAGAGCCAGUGCAUCCCCACGCCGGGCGCGUGGCUCGCCCACCAGCUGCCCGUGUGGCUCCAGAAGCUCAGCGUGGUGGCCACCUACGUCAUCGAGGUGGCCGUGCCCGUGCUCUUCUUCGCGCCCCUGCGGCGCCUGCGCCUCUUCGCCUUCUACUGCCAGGUGCUGCUGCAGGUCCUCAUCAUCCUCACGGGCAACUACAACUUCUUCAACGUGCUGACCAUCGUGCUGGCCUUCUCCCUGCUGGACGAGGAGCACGUGGGGCGCUGGCUGGGCCGGCCCCGCAAGAGGCACGGCAGUGGUGAGACCCCCGAGCCCACCCCGGGCUGUGCCUGCGUGCGGGGAUGCUUCUGGAAGCUCUGGGCCACCCUGCAGUGGGCCGUCAUGGCCACGGCCACCGUGAGCCUGUUCGCCGUUAGCCUGGUGCCCUUCACCUACAUCGAGCACGAGUCCAACGGGAAGCUGUGGCCCGGGAUCCACCAGAUGUUCGGGGCCGUGGAGCGCUUCCAGGUGGUCAAUUCCUACGGGCUGUUCCGCAGGAUGACCGGCGUGGGCGGCCGGCCAGAGGUCAUCCUGGAGGGCAGCUACGACGGGCACAGCUGGACGGAGAUCGAGUUCAUGUACAAGCCCGGGAACGUGAGCGCGGCCCCGGCCGUGGUGGCCCCGCACCAGCCCCGCCUGGACUGGCAGCUCUGGUUCGCCGCCCUCGGGCCCCACCAGAGCAGCCCCUGGUUCAGCGCCCUGGUGCUGCGCCUGCUGCAGGGACAGCCCGACGUGAUCCGCCUGGUGCAGACGGACGAGUCCCGGUACCCGUUCCACGGCCGCCCGCCCACCUUCCUGCGGGCCCAGCUCUACAAGUACUGGUUCACGGCCCCCAACGAGGGCAGCCCGGGCGCGGCUCCGUGGUGGCGGCGGCAGCACGUGCAGGAGUUCUUCCCGGCCGUGUCCCUGGGAGACCCCACGCUGGAGACCCUGCUCAGCCAGCACGGCCUCAAGGACAAGCCCCCCUCUCUCCGCCGCGCUGCCGCCGCGCUGCCGCGGCUGCUGGGCUGGGUGCGCCGCCUGUGCCAGCCGGUCUCGGGCCCUGCCCUGCUCUGGUCCCUCUACCUGGUGGCCGCCACCGCGGGGCUGCUGCGAGCCCUGGCCCGGCGGGCCCGGGGGGGACAAGCCCCCGCCCGCCACAAGGGACCCCGGGAGCGCAACGGGGCGCGGGGCACGGAGGGGGCGCGGCCCGAGGGCCGGCACGCCAACAAGAGGAAGAAGUAGCCCCCGCAGCCCCCCAAAAUCGGGGGGCAGGGAGGGGG